GCGCCCUCGUGGAUAUCGACAUGAACGGGCGGAACAACAACAUCCGCCCACGUCACUUCCGCCCGAAAGCCUGUCAAACAUGGCGCUGCUGCUAAGGGCAUUUGCCCGUCCGGGUGUGUGUCUCGCCAGACCACAGUACAGUGUCAUCUACAGACAUGUGGCUCCAAUGGGAACCACAGCGAAGGAGGAGAUGAACAAGUUCUGGGCCAAAAAUGCCAAAUUAAAUCGACCCAUGUCCCCACAUCUCACCAUCUACCAAUGGUCCGUCCCCAUGAUGAUGUCGGUCACGCACAGAGGAACUGGUGUGGGGCUCAGUGGAGCUAUCUCAGCCUUUGCGCUGUUAGCGUUGGUUUUGCCGGGACAAUACCCAUACUACCUGGACUUGAUCCACUCGCUGUCUGUCGGCCCCUUUCUCAUUGGGUUGGCCAAGUUUGGCAUCGCCUUCCCUGUGUCGUUCCACACCUAUAAUGGCGUCCGCCACUUGUUCUGGGACGUCGGGAAAGGCUUCAAAAUCCCAGAGGUCUACCGCACCGGCUACACCGUGAUUGGUCUGUCCAUCAUCACCUCCAUCGCCUUGGCUCUGCUCUGAGCGCAGGAGACGAGACGAGCAGGAAGGAAACCAGAGAAGGGUGGUGGAGGGAUUGUGGACUGGAUGCACCUUGAAGAUGUUUUGUGUAUAUGCUCUGUUCUGGCCGGCUGCAGGCAACAUUUACUACAAGUACCAAAUAAAGGAUUAUAUUAUACUGUA